GAUUUCCUCAUACUCUCUCCUUUGCUUACGAAAGCCCUUCUCUCUCUCCUCUUUGUUCUUCAUGUUCUUCAUACAACUCUCUCUCUGAUUCUCUAAAUUCUCACACAUUUAACGUUUGUUAUGUGUCUCAGAUCUCUUCUCUUCCUGAUUCUAUACAUACAGAGGUGUGAUUGUUGCGACUGAGCCCAAGCUAUAGAAUUAUAAAUUUGAGGUUAGGGCAUUUUACAUGUUCCAGGAAGAAAAGAACAAGUACAAGAGACCCAUCUUCAUCUGUAGAAGUGGCAACUCUGGAAGAAGCCACGCAAAAAAAAAACCUACAAAGAUGUUUAACCAAGAUAUUAAGCAAAGAAGAUAUGUAAUCAGAUUCUUGAUUAUAGGUUAUAGGGGUUUUAAUAAACCUGUUAAGAUAUUUAUGUUUCUUUUGGUGGCUCUUAUGGUGCAUGUAGUUUUGAACAGAGCAUGAGUUUCUUUCCUCGAGAUCGAAUCUUAACUUGAUAUUAGAAGUGGGAUUGCAGUCACUGAAUACACCUGUGAGAUGCUAUGAUUUGUGAGUGAGUAAUGGUAAUAUCCAAGAAGGUCCUCUCCACUACGAUGUUAACAUCUCGAUCCGUCCAAUUGUGCAAGGUGGAAUUAAGAAUUUUAGUGUGUUUCAGUAAUUAACAAGGAAGUCGACUAUGUGGUAUCAAGACAUGAACUUCUCUACAACCAGGGGUCGACCAUAUUGUAAUGAUACAAGUAUACCAAGUUUAGCAUCUACAGAGCAAGAAGCCCUAACAAAUAACCAUGGGCUGUUAAAUCAUAAUAUUCCGAGAGAGGGUCCGAGGGAGCUGACGAGAACGAAAGCUGAAACCAGAAUUGAAAAAAAGAGUCUGAAGCAUCAAAGGAAAUGGAAAAGGGAUCACAAUUACACAAAGUCAUGGUAUGAUAGAGGUGCAGAGAUCUACCAAGCUGAAAAAUACAGAAAGGGGGCACGUUAAAAGUAUAAAAUCUCUUGGAAGUUGAUGUAAGAUAUAUUUUUCUCUAAGAAAAAUGAUAAUGAAAAAGCUUCUAUCAGGCAUAAAGGAUCUGCGUAAAUAGCAAGAAUGAUAUUUGAUCCCAUGAAAAAGGAAGGCUAAAGAUGAUAUGUUUAAGGACAGAUGUAAAAAACCAAAAUAAGGAAAUAAAGGUUGUAGGAGUUAUCACCAUGGCAAACGUUAACAUAGAUAUUUUGUAGGUUAAUUCGAAACCUCUUUCUAGCAUUAUAACUUCCAACUAAAGAAUUUUAAGCUAUGUUUUUGCUCUGAUAUUUUCUGCACGAGAUCCUUAGAGAAAUCGAUAAGCAUAGCUUCCCAAAAGUCAGUAGCUUCAUUGGCAAGAAGACGCACAGUAUCCGGUUUACUUAUCAAUAUAUACCAUUGUUCAAAAACGCGUCCUCGGCGGCCGUAUAAUCGCCGGAAAAAUGUGAGCCGGUGGCACACCGUAGCGUUUUACUCCGAUUCAGUUGAUUCAUCGGAAAAAAUAAAGAGUUCAUUGUUUUGUUGAUUUCUAGUUCGAAAUCACAUAAUAAUUGAUAGAUCUGCUAUAAUAUUUUUGUUACAAUCCACAAUAUUAACAAUGAAAAGCCAUGAAACC